ACGAGCCAUUCUGGCGUGGUGAUGACCGUAAGCGGGCAAAAGGUCCACCUGCGGGUUUCGCUAAAGCAUCUUCUCGUAAUCACGCUCGAACACUCGCCGUGACCUCACAAACGGCAUCGAUUUUUAUUUGAUGCUGUUCUUGUUUCAAAGUUAGCAGCGUCGACUUUCCGUGUGGUGCCGAACAUCUUUGGAAGAUAAAACCCGACCGGAUUAACUCGACGAGUUCACGUUCAACCGACGGCUUCUGGAAAUGUUCUUCCGGCGACCGUAAAACAACAAAAAAGAAAUAAAAAAUGUCCGCUGGUUGUCAAACCGAUACGAGCAGUGAUAAGGUCGAGAUGGAUGCGCCCAGAAAAGAGUCGUGAUUCCCUGGCCGUUGAUUUGUUUUAUCUCCUGUUUUCAUCUUUAUUGGUCGGACGAACCGAGGUGGCGCUCGACGGUCCCGCCUCGUGUAUGCCGGCGGGGUCCAAAGUCCGCGUAUAAAUUCACUGGAACCCUCGAGCGGACCCCAGUAAAUCCACAAUACCGCCAGGGUUUGUGUGCAUGCGCCGAUGUCGAGGUCUUAUCAUAUUUGAAUACCGAAGUGCAGCCCAGUCCGCAUGGCCACGUAACGAAUGACGUGUGUCAGUAUUCGGCGCCACCCGUCCCGUUGGCCGCCUCCUUGUUCUGAGACGUGGAGGGCGGCCGCUGCCUUGUGCCCUACUUCCUUGUGGGCCCGCCAGUGCAAAGUCAAAGUGCCAUAAAGCUUCUGUGUCCCAGCGUUUCCUCCUUCUUCACGUUGACACGGCGCAACAGAGGGCGACUCUCCGGAAGGCUCCGAUCGGGGAUUUCACGACGAGAAGCGAUACCACGAUCCAAAGGAACAUUGCAAAUUGGUGAUGCUGAGAAAGGGCGAGUGGGUUUGGCUGGACUCGGACACCGCCGUGCCCAUCGGGGCUCGGGUCAAAGAAACGGCGAGCGGUCGGCGAUCGCUGGUCGACGACGCGGGCAAGGAGCACAAGCUGUCGCCGGAGACGGAAGCGUCCCUCAAGAUCAUGCACCCCACGUCGGUGGAGGGCGUGGACGACAUGAUCAAGCUGGGUGACAUGACGGAGGCCGGCCUGCUGCGAAACCUGCUGCUGCGCCACAAGCAAGGAAUCAUCUACACUUACACAGGCUCAGUCCUGGUGGCAGUCAACCCUUACCAAGUGUUUCCCAUCUAUUCGGAUGAGCAGGUGAGACUGUACCGUGGAAGAAAGCUCGGAGAACUCCCUCCACACAUCUUUGCCAUCGCCGAAUCCUGCCACUUCAACAUGAAGCGCCAUCUUCGGAACCAGUGUUGCAUCAUCAGUGGAGAGUCCGGAGCAGGCAAAACUGAAAGCACCAAGUUGAUCUUGCAGUACCUGGCGGCAGUCAGCGGCGAGCUCUCCAAACAGCGGAUCGAAGACCAGAUCUUGGAGUCCAACCCGAUCUUGGAAGCUUUCGGAAACGCCAAGACCGUCAAGAAUGACAACUCCAGUCGUUUUGGAAAAUAUUUGGAGAUCUUCUUCAAUGAGGGCGGCGUGAUCGAGGGCGCUCGCGUGGAGCAGUACCUGCUGGAGAAAUCUCGCGUCUGCCGUCAGGCCCAGGAGGAGCGAAACUACCACAUCUUCUACUGCAUGCUGGCAGGAAUCACAGCCGAAGAGAAGAAAAGUCUGCAUCUCAAACGUGCCACGGACUACGUCUUCCUUACCAAGGGGGACUGCAUCAGAUGCGAAGGACGGGACGAUGCCGAGGAUUUCAGCCGCAUUCGAUCCGCGAUGAAAAUUCUGACGUUUUCAGAUCAGCAGUCUUACGAGAUUCUCCAGCUGCUUGCGGCUAUUCUACACCUGGGAAACCUCCACUUUGAAGCUCACACCCAAAAUAACCUGGAGAGCAGCGACGUCAGCAAAUCGGAACAUUUCGGCAUCGCUGCAUCAUUGCUAAAGGUCCAAAAUUCGGUGCUGGCCAACAGUCUGACCCAUCGCACCUUCAUGACCAACCGAGAGAGGGUGACCAAACCCCUCGACUGCGAGCAGGCCUCUGCAUCUCGAGACGCCUUCGUCAAGGCAAUCUACAAUAAACUCUUCGUAUGGAUUGUCGGGAAAAUCAACGGCGUCAUCCACAAAAGGAUCGCCGACGACCCCAAAUCGUCAUUUCUGUCAAUCGGCCUGCUCGACAUAUUUGGCUUUGAGAACUUCCAGACGAACAGUUUUGAACAGUUGUGCAUCAACUUUGCAAAUGAGAAGCUGCAGCAGUUCUUUGUGGGCCACAUCUUCAAGCUGGAGCAGAAGGAAUAUCUCAAAGAAAGCAUCGUGUGGAAUAACAUCAAAUUCGGGGACAAUCAGAAGAUUCUGGACCUUCUGGCCGGGAAACCCUGCAACCUCCUGGCUCUCAUCGACGAGGAGAGCCUUUUUCCGAAGGGCUCGGAUCUGACCAUGCUCGGCAAGAUGAAUCGGCAGCAUCGUGGAGACGAGGCCUACGUCCCCUCCAAGGGGGAACGUGACACCGACUUUGGCAUCCGCCAUUUUGCCGGCGUUGUUUAUUACGACUCCCGAGGUUUCCUUGAGAAGAACAGAGACGCCGUCAGCGCUGACAUCUUCAAAAUGGUCGACUUGUCCUCCAACAAGCUGCUUCAGCAGAUUUUCACGGCGGAGCUUUCGUUCAACGGAGUCAAGACGACCAAUAGCAAGAGGGUCCUGAUCACGCCCGGGAAUUCCAUGCGGUUGGCUACCGAAGCCCGCAAGCACGUGCCGACCCUCAGCGGGCAGUUCCGGCAGUCUCUGGACUCCCUCAUGAAGGCCCUCUCGGUCUGCCAGCCCUACUUCAUCCGCUGCUUCAAACCCAACAGCAGCAAGCAGUCCGAGGACUUUGACCGGGAACUUUGCACGCGUCAGCUGCGGUACUCCGGCAUGAUGGAUACCAUCCGGAUCCGGAAACUGGGCUAUCCCGUUCGCCACAGCUUUGCCGAAUUCCUGACCCGCUACAGAGUGCUCCUGAAGACGACCGUCUGCGACCCCAAAACUAACACGGCGGCCGCCUGUUGCGACGCCAUCUGCAGGACGGCGUUGGCGGCGCCUGACCAGUGGAAAAUCGGCAAGACCAAGAUCUUCCUGAAGGAUGCUCACGACGCUAUCCUGGAACGUUUGAGGGAAGAAGAACUCGGCAGGAAAGCUCUCGUGAUCCAGCGAUUCAUGCUGGGGUACAAGCACAGACAAUCUUUUUUGAAGAAGCGGAGAGCAGCCGCGGUCUUGCAGAAAAACUGGAGAGCUUACAGGGACAAGAGGGCAAGGAAAGAGAUGCUGCGGGGUUUCGAGCGCCUCGUGUCCACGAUUCGCGGUCGCAAGCUUCAGUAUCAGUUCCGAAGAGAACGGGCGGCGGCACUCACGCUGCAAGCGCAUGUGCGAGGCCACCAGGCCAGGAAGCGUUGGAAGCGGAAGAGAGAGGCGGCCGCGCUGCUGCAGGCUUCCACCGGAGGACUCCUGGCAAGAAGAUCCUCUCCGGAAAGGGAGAUUGCGAAGCUUCCUGAGCCGCACGCGCCAGACCAGCGUGAAUCCGAAGAGGACCUUGCCUUGGAGCUCCAGCGCCGACUAGAAGACGUCGUCAUUCAGGCUCAGCGAGCUGACGAGGAGCCCGAGCCCGAGCCCGAGCCCAUCGCUGAGCUGGAUUCGGAUUCGGUGGAGGGGAAAAGCGACGUCCCGCCCGUACCUCUUGUGACCGUUACAGUCUGCGAAGAAUUGGAAUCCGAGGAAAUGGAGAAAACGGAGAGCAGGUCCGGGUUGAGCGCUUCAGCCUCUGGCACGACGACCCCGACGCCGUCCCUCCUUGAAGAAGAAGACGAAGACGAAGAUGACUUUGAGGAUUUCGCCGAGGAGUUUUCCUUCUACAGGUUUAGCCUUCUUCACUUCCAGGGUGACGCGAGCAACACGCACAUAUACCAGAGGCUCAAGAAGCCGCUUCUCCAACACGACGACGAGGGCGACUCACUGGCCUGCCUGACCGUAUGGUGGAUCAUCCUCCGAUUCAUGGGGGACCUGCCGGAGCCCAGAGCUCAGGACGCCACUUCUCAGGUCUCCCUCAGCAUCUCUCGCCAACUGCCUCAAAGGCAGGGCAGGAGGCUCAGCAACCUGGUGGGACUCGACCAGAAAAUUCUAAGGAAGAACAGGAAAAAACACGGGAACAGGAAAGCCUCUUCUGCAAUUCUUGAGGAGCCAGAGAACUUGACGGAGGAUGAGGACGUUUUGAUCGGAGAGGGUCCCACACUGGACAGGCCGCUUUCCCCCCUGGAAAAAUUGCACAUUAUUGUUGGAUACGCUCUGUCCAAACGAGGCAUAAGAGAUGAGAUUUACUGUCAGAUCUGUAAGCAGCUGACCAAGAAUCCGAGCAGAGCGAGCCGAUUGCAAGGAUGGGCCCUCCUCGCCGUCUGCCUGGGGAUCUUCCCCCCGACGGAUCUCCUCGUCGAGUUUUUGCAGGACUUCGUCCGCAGGGGCCCGGACGGUUACGCGGAAUAUUGCAGCCGGCGUCUGGAUCGCAUUCGAGCCAACGGAGAAAGAAAAGAGCUGCCCUGUUGGCUGGAACUCCAGGCGGCCAAGGCCAAGGAUCCCAUCGAAGUGACGGCGACUCUGGCCGACGGCAAGACCGUCAGCCUGCAGCUGGACUCGGCCUCCACCUCCGCGGAGGUCUGUCGAGCUGCGGCCGAGCAGAUUCUCCUGCGAGACGCGUAUGGAUUCUCGCUCUACAUUCGCCUCUUUGAUAAAAUGUGGUCUCUGGGCAGCUGUGGCAAGCACGUGCUGGACGCCGUGUCCCAGUGCGAGCAGGAGAUGAGGCGACAGGGCAAGCCGGAGAAGGACACCCCCGUGGAGUUCAGCAUCCGCAAGGAGCUCUUCACGCCCUGGCACGACUGCUCCGAAGACCCCGUCAGCACCGACCUCAUCUACAAGCAGCUCGUUCAGGGCGUCAAGUCGGGAGAGUACGCCAGCGAAAAGGAAGACGACUAUGUCCUGAUGGCAACGAAGCACUACUACGUCCAGUUUGGCUCGACAUUCAGCAAAGAGAACGUGCAGAGGGUUGUCGAGGACUGCAUCGCCAUCCCUCUGAUCGAGAACAAGUCCAUGGCCAAAUGGGUCCAACUCAUCAGCUCGGCAUACUUGCAGGGUGCCUACACGAAGGGGACCGUGAGCCGAGAGAGCGUGAAAGGAGAACUCGUGGACGGCGGUCGAGUGAACUGGCCGGCCCACUUCUCCAAGUUCUAUGAAGUUACCAUGAUCUCAGGACCCACGUUGCCCAAAAGCAAGUUUGUCAUGGCUGUAAACUGGAGCGGCAUCUUCUUCAUGGACGGACGAGACAAGAAACUGCUGGAGCUGCCUUACUUGGAGGUACAGCAAGUCAGCAAGCUGAGCGAGCAAACUGUGAGCGUCGGCACAGUUCGAGGCCAGUUCGUCCUGGUGUGCGGCGAAGCCGACGACGUGGUCGCGCUCGUUGACCGAAACCUGAGCGGGUUACGCGCCCGCUCGGUGUUCGCGCUGGCCCAGCACGACAGCAGUAAAACGGAUGAUUCCAGAUUCCUGGUGUGUAAACAAGGAGACCUCUUGCUGGUGGAAAACGAUCCAGGAUUUUCCUCAGACAAGAACCUGGUCAAAGCUACGAAUCAGAAGACAAACGUGAGAGGUGCCAUCCGCAAGGAUGCUUUGACCUUUCUCCCGACUCUCAGCAGACCCGCAGAUGACGUGCUGGAGCUGCUGAGUCCAGGCCACGGCAAAUCAUCCGUCACACAAAGUGGACCCCAGCGAGAGGAAACUGUCGCUCCUGUCUCUUUAAGAGAGUUUGCGCUUGACAAUUUUAGACCUUUAGGUAAAGAGAGGCUGUGGGUGAAUUCCAAGGAACUGCUGAAGCAGCCGCUGAUGAAGGACCUGGUCCGCAAUUCUGACCUCAACUACCUCGCCUGCAACGCCUUUACCGCCAUUUUGAAGUACAUGGGCGACUACCCCAUCAAGCAGAUCCGAAGUCCCAUAGAGCUGACCGACCAGAUCUUCGGGCCGGCUACGCAACACCGACUUCUGCAGGAUGAGAUCUACUGCCAGAUCAUGAGGCAGAUGACCAAUAACGGCAACAGGUCGAGCAUGGAGCGGGGCUGGCAGCUCAUGUGGUUGUGUUCAGGCUUGUUCCCGCCCAGUCAGAAUUUGAUGAAGCAUGCCCAGCGUUUCCUGGAGUCCCGACCCCGAGAACCGCUGGCCGCCGGGUGUCUCCAGCGGCUCCAGCAGAUGCGCAGUAAGGAGCCCAGGAAACAUCCUCCUCCUCUGCUCGAAGUGGAUGCCAUACAACAGAACAGCACCCAUAUUUUCCAUAAAAUUCACUUUCCAAAUGACACCAACGACAUAUUCGAGGUGACAUCUACGACGACGAUCCAAGAUCUGUGCUCCAAUAUUGCUUCUCAGCUCCAACUGAGCUCGCCCGACGGCUACGGCCUCUAUUUGAAAACCUCAAAUAAGAUGCUGAGCUUGACUGAGCAGAACUAUAUCUUUGACAGUUUGCGGGAGGCAACUGACAUUUCAAAGAAAGGAAAGAAAGUCCGAGAAGGUAACGGAGGCCGUCCGGCGUACGGAGCGCCAACUGUUUUCGUUCUGUGUUUACGGGCUUCUCUUUCUCUUCCGCAACGGACGUUUGUCUCCCCAGUCAACUUAGCCUACGCUCUGAUUUUCAAGAGGAAGCUGUGGUUUAACGUGAUCCCAGGAAAGGACUCGGUCGCGGACCUCACCUUCCACUUCCCUCAGGAACUGCCUAAAUAUCUGCUGGGGUAUCACAAGUGCAGCAAAGAGGACAUGAUCAAAGUCGGCGGGCUGCUUUUCAGAGCCAAAGUGGAUUCUGACAGGUCGCAGUUCAUCAUGAUCCCCAAAAUGCUGCGACACCUGGUCCCUGCCGACCACAUCAAGAGCGCAUCCCCCGAGGAAUGGAAGAAGCACAUCAUGUCCUCGUACAACAAGCAGAGCGGCAUCACGGUGGACGAAUGCAAAGUUGCCUUCCUGCGGGCCAUCUCCGGCUGGCCCACCUUCGGCUGCACCUUCUUUGAAGUCAAACAAACGUGCGAGUCGAGCUACCCGAGUCCAGUAUUGAUUGCCAUCAGCAAGCAAGGUGUGAGUUUAAUAGACCCAAAAUCAAAGGAGUUGCUGGUCAUGCACCCGUUCAGCCGCAUCACAGAGUGCCACAGCAGGGACGGCCACUUCCAGAUGACCGUCGGCACCUUGCUCAGAGGCAACGUGUUUGCCUGCGAAACCUCGCAGGGCCACACCAUGGAGGACCUUCUCAGAUCUUACGUCAGGAUGUAUGAAAGGCAAAGGGAGGCCUUUCGAUCCGGAAACCACAUGUUCGCUUGAGCCGCACCAAAGUAGACACAAAUAAGAAGAUUGCCAAUGAGCUUUCAUUUGGUCAUCGGCUUCAUUUUAAUUGCAAUUCAUACUUCUUCUUCUUCUUU